UAUAUUUCCCUUAUUCAUAAUAAUCCCUCAAUAAACGACAUUAGCAAAUUUCACUAUCUUCGUGCAUCUUUAAAAGGCAGUGCCGCCCUUGUUAUUCAAAGUCUUGAUUUUAGCAGUGAUAAUUAUCAUAAAGCAUGGCAAUUAGUGUCGGAGCGGUUUGAUAACCCGCGCCUCUUAAUAAAUAAUCAUAUCCAGGCCCUGUUUAACCUUGAACCUAUGCAACGUGAGUCGAGCUGUUUGUUACGUGGCAUGGUGGACGUGACAAACAAAAACUUGCGUGCGCUCAGUACUUUAGGAGAACCUACCGAUCAUUGGGACACGUUAGUUAUUUAUAUAAUGUCUAAGAAGUUAGAUGCAGUAACUAAGCGUGAAUGGGAAGAGCACAGGAACCUGUUAACAGGUUCGCCGACGUUGCAACAAUACGUAGCAUUUUUAAAUAACAGGGCCGACUUAUUAGAGUCUCUUGGCACUGAUAACUUUAAUAAAGUUAGUAACAAUUGCGAAAAAACAUCGAAACAUAAAUUGCAGUCUCAUAACGAGCCGCAAAAAAUACAUACUUAUCUUACAACUACAACUACUAACAAGUCUUAUCGCAAACCUAUUGUUUGCCCUUAUUGUUCACAGGAUCAUUUCUUAUUUACCUGUGAAUCUUUUCGCAAAUUAGAUGUUGAUAGUAGAAUAAAUAAAGUGAACGGUUACGCAGUAUGUAAAAACUGUCUUCGGCCGGGACACUUAGAAAAACAAUGUGUAUUAUCUCAUUGUAAAUACUGUAAACAUAAACAUAAUACUCUUUUACAUAAGGACAUUGAAAAAGAGCCUUCUAGCAGUGACGUUCCGAUGCCAGCAGUUCAUUUUAGCGGCCACAUACAAAAAACUAAACUGUUCAACCCUACUGAGACUUCCGGACUACUGUCCACAGCGUUGGUGCACGUGAGUGACGCGAAUGGGGUGCUGCAUGAGGCGCGUCUGCUCCUGGACAACGGUGCUUCCCCCAACUUUGUGACGCGUGAUCUGUGCGGGCAGCUCGGCCUAGCGACACACUGCGCUGGAGCUACGAUCACAGUCAAGGCAUUUGGAACUUGUCACAAGUCUUCAGGCAGAGUCAUUUCUUACUGCUCCCCACCACUUCAUGAGUCGUCGUGGAAGGCCUCAAACUCUGUGUUAUGUCAACCAUACUUCGUUUGUUAGGACAUCAAACGAACUCCGUAACCUUUUAAUUUUAAUUUAACACGUUAAGCUGCAGUCAGAUAUGGCAGCUACCUAUCUCAAAAUUAGCCUCAUUUUGUAGGUACAUAUACCUACUCUUUAGCGGAUUUUAGAAAACUGUUAUCUUAAACACAUUUUAUACCUACACUCAAUGUACCUUUUAGAAUUAAAUUGUUGCCUGAUUCAGAUAGUAGCUAUUUCGAAUUCUAGGCCCCUUCUGAUUCAUUUCAUCUUACCUAAUGCGUACCUAUCACCUCUCAUUUCCUUAUUGGACGUUCUCUUCUGUCAGUCUUACAAAAAGUCGGACUGAAGAAAACAUCUCAAGGCUUAAAAGUUUCCAGGGAGUACUGGAAUC